AUGUUUUCCGAAUAUGCCUCCCGAUUCCUCGCACAGUCACAGUCCCGCCUGUCCAGCUUCGGCCAGACCGGCGAUGGAGAUAGGCCAUCACGCCCGGGGGAUUGGACAAGCAGGGGCUCGCGCUUCGCAAGUCGUGGAUAUUUCGGUCGCGAUAGGAACCCCUACCAGCCGACAAGCUCUCGCUUUGGCAGUCUAGCUGCCUUCGGAUCUCGCUAUGCCCAGGAUGCCCCUUUGUUCCAGGCCACACUCGAGCAUGACGAGGACGACGAAGAGGAGCGCGAUCGCGAGGCGGCUGACCUAUACGCCUUGCAGCGAUCGCGUCGUGUCUUUGCCGCCAGCCGCCUGGACGAGAGUACAGAGACGGAGAAUGACGGGAGCCGCGCAUCGUUGGACCGGAGCCGCGAUUAUCCGUCGGGAACGCUGGGGGAGCGUCUGCGCGGCAUUCGGAGCAGUUGGAAUGGCGCCGGGUCACAUUCGCAGAGGAGGACAGACGACAAGGAUAGGGAACGGGGGAGGUCAGCGUCAAGUAGAAGCGAUGACGAUCGGAUGGAUGACGUUGGCCUGGAGUCGACAAUAUCUGACGGAGAGCCGCCCGUCGAUCUGACGGUUGAGACGCCGACGGACAACGACCCUCCAGCCUUCCAGAAGUUUACCUCGACCAUUCCGUCACGACAGCCGCUCAGGAGAGCGUCCGUAAAUGACUCGGAGUUGGGGCUGAACCGUCCUCCCAGUUCUUUGGAUGAGAACUUGAAUGAUGCCGUUGCGCCGUCUACCCCGCAUCCCAUUAUCGAGGGCGAGAUCUUCCGGCAUGAUGCCUUCUUUGCAUGGCUCUACCUCAUCGCCCAGGCGUCACUGUUCUCGACCUUUGUGUUGGUCUACCUGCACACCGAAGGCGGUAGUGAUGGGCCUUUGGGUGACACCAUUUAUACUACGCUGCGGGCAUCCUUUCACCUGCUGGCCGUGGACACGCUUGUAUCGAUCGUCGUGUCGCUGGUGUGGCUUGCAGCACUGCGGUCGUUUGUCAAACCGUUGGUGUCGCUGGUGCUGGUAGCUGUGCCAGUCAUACUAAUUUCCUUCUCACUGUACCCCUUUAUUACCAGCUUCAAGCCAUCUGGCGGCAGCACGCGACUCCAGGAUACAGUAAUGCGAUGGGCAUCUCUUGUACCUGCCUCGUCGGCAGCCGUGUGGUGUUAUCUCGUCUACAAGGGCCGACACGCGCUGCGAUCAGCAGUUGGCAUCCUCGAGUUCGCCAGCCGCAUCCUGGCUGCUAACUCGGCGCUGGUGCUGGUCGGAAUGGGCUGUCUGGCCCUGAUCGUGGUCUGGACUUGGGUAUGGAUAAUCAUGUUCACACGUGUGUUCCUCGGCGGCAGCUUCUCCAGCCGGCUGGCGCGGUUCGUUAUUAGCACCUCAAGCUGGUGGCUUGGCGUCUACUUUGUGCUCAUGUACCUCUGGACGCUCUCUAUCAUCUCGGGCGUGCAGCGCAGCACCACCGCCGCGACAGUAUCCCAGUGGUACUUCCACCGCAACGCCAUUCCCGCUGUCACGUCGCGCGAUGUAGUGUCUGCUGCCCUAGGCCACGCUCUGACCACAGUCUUCGGCACCAUAAGCAUGUCUACACUCCUGGCCCUCGGCAUACGCCUGCCACUCCUCGUCCUCCCUCAACGCAUCUCCAACCUCAUCACCGUCUUCGCCUACCACUUCAUUCCUACCCCGAUCGCCGCCCUGACCAACCCACUGACCCUCACCUACGCAGCCAUCCACUCCCAGCCUCUAACCGCUGCCUCGCGAGGCCUCAGCCAAAUGGACUUCCUUGCUCCCCAGCGCCCAACAACCACGCUCACACCUGCCUCCCUUCCUCGUAAGGGCUCUGCGCAACAAGUUGAUCAGUCCUGCGCUCCGCUACUCCCCUACCGACUAUCGAAGCUCAUCCUGCACGCUACGCGCUUCAUCAUGGCCGUUGCGCUCGGCUUCGCAGGCUGGGUGAUCACGUCCCGGCAGCUGCGCAUCGAGCGGCCAGAUGGGGCGGGUGUGAGGGGAAGCGCGUAUGCGUAUGUGGUUGGGCUGGUGGCGAGCUUUAUUGGGUGGGGCGUGUUGGGAGCUAUGGAGGGCGUUUUGAGUGGGAUCGUAGAUGCCGUGGUUGUGUGUUAUGGAAGCGAGAAGAGGAUGGCGACCGGGGCCGGAGGUUAUUGUAUGGAGGCGCAAUGGUUGUUUGGGGAGCAUCGGGAUGGGAGGUAUGCUUACUGA